AUGGCGAGAUUGAAUGAGGUACCUGCACCUGCCGCUGAAACGAUCGAGUCUAUCAAGCGAAGAUUUAUCCGACAAAACCGAGAGAUAGCUAGAGUCAACUCGAACCAGUCCAUCCGAAUCAGAAACCUCGAAAACGAGCUUGCACGAUUAAUAGCAGAGAACGUCAGGAUACGCGAGGAAGCCAUCAGUGUAAAGGUUGAAGCAGAGAAAUGGAAGGCUGCACACAGGCUCAGCAAGGAAGUGCUACGUAUGAAGAGUCAGCUGGAGGAGAAAUUGUCUGAAGUCAAUGCGUUGGUUGGAGAGUUGGGAGCAUUGCCUGAGAAGGUCGCGAGGAGGUCGAGUCAGCGACGAAGAAGAGAUUGUUUGGUUUCAGAGCUUGUGAAGACAGAUGAAGAGCCCGAGCGCCGUCAGAGACAAACGCUAUGCGAUCAGGAAGGAAGGCUACCUGCUAUCCUGGAGGAUAAAUAUUAUCCAAGAAGGACACUCGAAGCGAAGGAGAUUCGACUCGGCCAAGAUGACGAACCCCUGGAAUCACUUGAGUCGCCAGAUUUGGGGCCGCCACCAGUCGCUCACUUCGAUGAACACGAGGCUCUGACUUUCAAUGCCACGAAAUCUCCUAGGAGGACAUCGACGGAAUUGAUCGAGGAAUCUGAACAAGCAAAUAGAGUUCCGAACACAAACCUCGAGAACAAAAGGAGGAGAAGGAUUAGUACACUACUACACUCAUCUGCUCUCGGAGACCCGAUAAAGCCGAGACCUGACAUGAACGAUGAGGAUACUGAAGAAGCCCAGACACAUGCACCAGCACCAGAUCCAGACACUAAUGGCUUGAACAGGCGCAUUGAACCCGCAGCUCCUCCUUUCAAGCUGAGGACAGGUGCUAAGAGAAAGUUAGAAAUGUCAGAAUUAGAAGAUACCAGCAGGGUUUCGCAAGAACUAGAUGACUUCAUAUUUCAGAGAAAAGCCAUUGCUCCCACCACGGUAGGCAGACCUUCGAGGUUCACUCGUCCAGCAGCUCGACAAGGACAGGAUACUGUCGAAUCUGUAGAACAGAGGUCUACAGAAAAGCUGCUUCAAUCCGAAAGGAGGAUACUUGCACCUAAGAGCACAAACUCACCUGCGAAGCGAAGGAUUGAAACUUUGGACAAACCCGUUGAUAACAAGGAAGUAGUCACAGAGAGGAGGCCAGAGAGACGGAUGGUAUCUCGAACACGUUCAAGGCCAGUGAUCGCGGAAGUACAUCUUCCAGUCGAAGCCACUACAGAAUUCGCACUUGAGAAGUCCACCGCCGAUGAGCCGGACGAUCAGGCGCAUGUCACAACCAAGACACCUGCCGCAGAACUCGACGCUAUACUGUCGCCGAGUACUUGCGAACCCUCAGUCGAUCGAAGACCACCUCAAGAAAUGGCAAUCACGAAUUCUGUCGAAGAUGUUCUUAGUGGAAGCAUCGGUCGUGGAUCGAGAAGAGCUCGAGCACCCAUCAGUUAUGCUCCACCAAAAUUGAAUACUAAAUUGAGGAGACCUGGUAAGGAACUGGUGGGCGCUGUAGAAGGGCUUACCAGAAUUGUUGAUCAAAAGGAGACGUUCGGCCAGAGUAAUAAUGCUGAAUCGGAGUUGCAAAGUACCGAGCCAGAAAGAGGCCCGAGCGAGCAUGUUAGCCCACUAAAGGACAAGGAAGGGCCUGUCGAGCGAAGAAGCAGCUUUCACGGCGAAGAGCUCACCAAAGCAGUGUCGCGAUUGUCAAUGCACGAUCCGCCCACAUCAAGUCCACUUUCUGGACUAGAUACCAUCGAAGUUACAGCAAGGAGGCGGCAAUCCGAACGACCGGAUCUGAAGCCAGAUGGCUACAAAGAAUUACCCGGCUUGGAGACCUUGAAAUCGAGACGACCCAACUCAGCGCUCGGAUCGAGGCAGUCAGUCCAGCAGGCACAGCCUGAUCCAACCGAGUUGAGAAGGCAUGCAAGAUCAGCGAGCAAUUCCUCAUUGUCGGCUGCUAGAGUCAGCUCAGCCAGCAGAGUAGCAUCAGGUAUGCAAAGGACUUCAUCAAUUCAGGAGGACGUUGCAACUCGGAGAAGUCAUAGUAGUGCUUUGAGUCGGAGGAAAAGCAUGAUGGUCUGA